AUGGCCUUCAGCAAUCAACGUGACCAUGCGAGCGAGUCGUCAUCCUUCUCAGAUCCUCUCGAUACAAGAAAUGACGAGGGAUGGGAAGAUGUGGAGCAGGACGAAGAGCCUAUCACCAUAGUGUCCCUCUUCGAUGAGAGAACUUUUCCUGAUGCGAAAAGCAUGCUCGUGUAUUGUCGUGAGCACGGCGACUUUGAUAUCUGGAAAUUAAGGCAAGACCUGGAUCUUGAUUUUCUUGGAUUGAUUAAACUGGUCAACUAUGUUCGUUCCGAGGUCCGGGCCGGGAAACACCCAUCUCAUAUCUCGUCCAAAUCCAUUUUUGACGACGAGAGGUAUCUCAAACCCGUCCUGGAAGAUGACGCCCUCCUAUACAGUUUAGACGACGUCUUCGAAGACGGUGCCAGCUCCGGACCCGUCAGUGAGGUUGAACAACUCCGACAACAACUCGCCGAUCUCCAAUCUCAAUUUGCUGCUUACCGAGAACAAGUAGAACACGCCAUGCUAGAACGACUAGAAUCCUCGGGACCGAUUCCCGAACCCAGCCACGUCCGAGCAAAUAAAAAUUGGGAUCCCCACAAGCCAUCGGUCGGCCAAACCGCAGAAUUUGAUGACGACUACUUCCGGUCUUACUCGUACAACGCCAUCCACGAAUCCAUGAUCAAAGACAGCAUCCGAACGGACGCGUACCGCGACUUCAUUUACGACCAUAAAUUUCUUUUCAAAGACAAGGUCGUGCUGGACGUUGGAUGUGGCACGGGGAUUCUGUCCUUGUUCUGCGCUCGGGCGGGAGCCAAAUUAGUCGUCGCCGUCGACAACUCGGAUAUCAUUGACAAGGCGCGCGAGAAUGUGUUCAGGAACGAUUUACAAGACACAGUCAAGUGUCUAAGAGGAAAGAUCGAGGAGGUCACCCUCCCCGUGUCCGAGGUUGACGUGAUCGUAAGCGAGUGGAUGGGGUAUUGUCUCCUGUACGAAUCAAUGCUCGACUCGGUCAUCCACGCCCGGGACAAAUAUCUGACCCCCAAUGGACUUAUGGUCCCGUCUCACGCGACGUUGCGGAUAGCUCCGCUGGCCGACUCGGAUUUGAAGGCCUCACACAUCGAUUUCUGGCGCGACGUGUAUGGCUUCGACAUGACAGCCAUGCUGGAACGAGCACAUGAAGAAGUCGUCGUGUGCGUGGUGGACGCAAAAGAACUUGCCGCGGACAGUGUCGAGCUUCUCGGGCUCGAUUUGCACAAGACCGUGGUCGAGGAUCUGACCUUCACCAAGUCCUUCACGAACCGAUGGAAAGAAGGGUUCAGACUGCUCGAAGGCUUUGUGGUGUGGUUCGACGUCAUCUUCUCAACGUCACGAGACCAGAGCAUCAAGGCCGGAACGACCGCCCCUGAAGCCAAAGACAAAGGUCUUGUCGCAUUCUCAACCGGUCCACAUUCCGACGCGACACAUUGGCAGCAGGGAAUUUUCCUGAUCCAGGAUCCGGUCGAUGAAUUCAGUGCCGGCAACGACGUGUGCGGCGACGUCCGGUAUCUGAAGAAGCACGGUCAAGAGAGGUCGUUGGAUAUUGAGAUCUCGUGGUCCCAGGCCAAAAGUGGUGAUGGAAAGGAGCAGGAGGGGGUUAAGAGACAGAUGUGGGUGCUUGAUUGA